AUGUCAACACCAGAGCAUUAUGAACAUGGUUUAUCUGUAUUUUGCACACCACCAACACCAAAGCAAUCAAACUCGAAUAAAACAUUCGAACGAUUUUUUUCAAUUAAUCAAAAUCAUAAAACAACUAACAAACAAAAUCAAGAUGUAUUUAUUCAAUUGAUUAAUGAAAAUUUGAGAUGUUCAACAACAAUGGAAACACCUGCUACACCAACUAUUCAUAUUAGUGAAUCCAAUAAUAAUACUUAUCAUGGUAUAGAGAAUGAUGAUAAACAAAAUUUUUAUUCGGCACCACCAUCACCUAUUCAACAGCAAGAUAGUUCAUUAUCAUUCUUGAACAAUCGUACAGUAGAUAAAUUAUGUUUUUCAACAUCAGCUAAAAAUCACUCAUUAGAAUAUUGGUUUGGUACUUCCAUAUAUACAAAUACUUAUCCACGUAUGCCAUCAGAUUGUGUUUUAUCAGCAUGUGAUUUCGAACAGUAA